UGUACAGUGACGCAAACGCUCAUCCAUGUUCAACAACAACAAAGGAUGAUGGAUCCCUGAAGUUUAUGAGUUGCUUUGUGCUUCAUGGACGCCGCGUCCUCGGACUUUGUGGUCCUGCUCACGGCUCUCUAACUCAGCAGGAGCGACUGAAGCGGGAAUGAGCGAUCUGAUGAAAGAUCGUCAACUGUGAGAGAGACGCUCCGCAGUCCAUCUAUCACAAUGAUUCGCAUUGCGGCACUAAAUGCUGCUUCAACAGCUGCAGAUGAGUCUCAAGACCCUUUGAGAAGCCACAAGAGCCAGACAAAGGAGGCUCAAGAAGCGGAGGCAUUUGCUUUAUAUCACAAAGCUUUGGAUCUGCAAAAACAUGACAAGUUUGAAGAAUCUGCCAAAGCUUAUCAUGAGCUUCUCAAAACUCCGCUGCUCAAAGAGGCCAUGCCCUCGGAUGAUCAGAGAGUGGGUCUCAAGCAUCCCGGGCUGAUGCUGAAAUACUCAACUUUUAAAAACUUAGCGAGUAUGUCUGCGUCACGAGAUGACCUGGAGACGGCUAUGGAGUUUUAUUUGGAGGCUGUAAUGCUGGAUUCCACUGAUGUGAACAUGUGGUACAAGAUCGGUCUGGUGGCCGUGCGCCUGGUUCGUAUCCCUUUGGCUCGUCAUGCAUUUGAAGAAGGACUGCACUGUAACCCGGACCACUGGCCUUGCCUGGACAACCUCAUCACCAUUCUCUACACGCUCAGCGACUACACCUGUUGUUUGUACUUCAUUGCGAAAGCUUUGGAAAAGGACCAUUGUUACACUAAAGGCUUGGUGCUGAAGGAGAAGAUCUUUGAGGAGCAGCCCUGUCUAAAGAGGGAUACCAUGCAGAUGUUCAAGAAAUGCGACAUGUCUAUCCACUAUGUGGAAGUGGAGGACGAAGAGCGCAAGUCCAUCGUAGAAGAGGCAAUGGAGAUCCGCAGGCGCAGGCAGGCUCUGUCCAAAUGUGAACCACAGCCUGACCUUGUCCUGGUCCAGCCCAUCCGCUGCCUCUCAUGGAAACAUGUGGGGGAAAGCCUCCUGGCAAUGUACAAGCAUCAGACCACAUGUGAGCCGCCACGUCCGAGCCUCGGCCGAAGAAUCGACCUGUCGGAGUACAAGGACCCCAACUUCCUCCAGAACCUCCCUCAGCCGAGCAGCCCUGUCAGCGUGGCGCAGAGCAUGGCGCUGAGCAGCAGCCCCAGCUCCUCGCUGCCCCCGGUGACCUUCACGGAGCCGGUGGUGCUGCCCCAGUCCGGCGCUCAGCUCACGACCAGCACGGCCACGGUGGAGGUCACCACUUCUGCUCCCCCGGCUCCCCCUGCUGUCGCCUCGGCAAUGGAAGUGUCCCUGACAGAUAAAGUAAAGAAAGCUCCUAAAAGGAAGCGUGGAAUGGAAGAUAAUGGGGAAACGGCUAAAAGACGCUCGGCGCGAGUUCGAAACACAAAAUGCAAGAAGGAGGAAAAGAUUGACUUUCAGGAACUGCUUUAUAAAUACCUUCCCUCCAGGCUGAGGAAGUUUGAUCCUGAUAAUGACGACGAGAGUUUGAGCAACCUGGAGACACAGUGUGAAGGAAAGGAGGACAUACAGCCUUUACACGGCAGCUGCGUUCCCGUUGAUUCAGUUGAAUUCAUGGAAUCUGAACAACAAGAUGUCCACAACUUCCUGCUCAACAACAUGACCAAUGGCGGCAUCCUGGAUUUAAUGUUGAGGUACCUGAAAGCGGUGGGUCAGAAGUUCAUGGAGGAGUGGCCCAGAGGGCUGACGGCAGUGGUGCUGGACGUCUACCAGACCUGGAGGAAGCACAGCAGCGGCCUGCCUAACCCUCUUCUGCGGGACUGCAGCAAUCAACACAUUCGAGAGAUGUUGGCCAUGAGCUUGGCGUGUAUGGAGCUGCAGUUGGAGCAGUGGUUACACAACAAAGGGAAGACUGUUGCUCCAAGAAGAGGCGGCGGUGAUCCCGGCAGUGAUGGAAAUGACUCGGAAUUCCCCGGACAGCACUUCCAGGGCGAUUUGCUGCUGUUGGCGUUGGGGUCGUCUCAGAGGGAUCUGUUUGAGGACGACUGGUUGGACAUCAUGGUGCGUGUCUACUGGCUUAAGGCUCGAUCCCUGGCUUUGCAGGGGGACAUGGAGUUGGCCUCAGAGAGCUACGAUGUCUGCAUCGGCCUUUUGCAGAGUAAACCAAAGAACGCAGACGGGAAACAUUACACCAUCAACCUGCCGAACCUGCGUGCGGAUGCAGCAAUCUCAGUCGAAGAGAUUGACAAGAGGCUGAAGUCCCUGGAGCGCUGUCAGUCUUUGGAGGAGAUCCAGCGUCUCUUUGAAUCUGCAGACUUUGAGUCUGUUGUGCGCCUGCUGCAGCCCACUCUUAAUUAUGGAAGCAGGAGCAAACCCCUGGAGUUCGUGAGCUCUGCACCGGAGCGUCCUGCGCAGCUCAUGCUACUGCAGAAUUCUCUGCUGAGGCUGCAGGACUACCAGCAGUGUUUGGAGUGCAGCGAGCUGGCUUUGAACGAAGCCCUGCAGCAGCUCAACUCCGCUACAGACAACUCUCCCCCCAGCAAGGAGGAGUGGGUCAGCACCAUUGGAAAGUUGCUGGACGGUAUUGAAGUCUGCUUCACCAAAGAGUCCGAGCUUCUGAAGAACGUCCCUCACUUCUCAAGUAUGGCUCGGCUGGCAAACAACUUGAUUCAGCUCAUCGAUCUGAGCAUGACCAUUUCUGAUGAUCCCAAGGAACCUUUCUUCUUCUCGGUCCUGCCCUGGAUCAUUUUGUAUCGCGUCAUCAAACACGAAGAGGCUGCUUUUGACUGCAUGCUUCGACAGCACAUGUCUGUUGGGGACGAUGAAGAUGACUCGGACAAUCCCAUGCUGCCCUCCUCCCUCAUGCUCCUGAACACGGCACACGAGUAUCUCGGCCGUCGCUCUCUGUGCUGCUACUCAGAUGGCGUGCUCCUCAAGUUCUUCGUUCUAGUUUUGGAAAAAGAGUUUGCUGCUUCCGCCAACAAUGAAUCCCAUCCUUACAAAGAGGAACUGGAGAUGGCCUUGGAGCAGUGUUUCUUCUGUCUGUACGCCUACCCCAGCAAGAAGAGCAAGGCCCGGUAUCUUGACGACCACUCGUCUCCUCAGGUUGAGCUUCAGUGGAGUGAUGCUCUCUUCAUGUUCAAGUACUUUAAACCAAAGUCACUGCCAGAGUUUGACAGCUACAAGACGAGCACCGUGUCCGCAGAACUAGCCAAUUUGCUGAGGAGGUUUUCGGGCAUUGCCCCCUCAGGUGACUCCCCCAUCCUUAUAAUGGAUGAAGUGGCAGCCUACAUUGAGGAUAUGACUGAAAAGACGCCGUGCCUUCCAGCGGGCUGUGCUCCCGCGCCCCCAAUCAUCAACGAGAUGUAUUACCUGCUGGCUGAUUAUCAUUUCAAGAACAAGGAGCAGUCCAAAGCCAUCAAGUUCUACAUGCAUGACAUAUGCGUGUGUCCUGACAGGUUUGACUCUUGGGCGGGAAUGGCUUUAGCGAGAGCCAGCCGCAUCCAGGACAAGCUCAACUCCAACGAGCUGAAGAGCGACAUCCCCAUAUGGAAGCAUUCCCAGGCCGUGCUGAACUGCUUCAAGAGAGCGCUGGAGAUAGACAGCUCCAACCUGUCUCUGUGGAUCGAGUAUGGCACCAUAUCGUACGCGCUGCACUCCUUCGCUUCGCGGCAGCUAAAGCAGUGGCGGAGCGAGCUUCCCCCGGAGGUGGUUAAACAGAUGGAGGAGCGGAGAGACUCCAUGUUGGAGACGGCGUUUCAGUGUUUCCAGGGGGCGUCCCGGUGUGAGGGCGACAGCGAUGAAGAGGAGUGGCUCAUCCACUACAUGCUGGGGAAGAUAGCUGAGAAACGGAGACAGCCUCCAGUGGAAUAUCUGCAGCUUUACAAAAAGGCGGCACACUUUCUGCACGAAGAAGCUGCCAGGUAUCCAAGAAAAAUCCAUUACCAUAAUCCUCCUGACCUGGCCAUGGAGGCCCUGGAGUUGCAUUUCCGCUUGAGUGCCACCAUCUUAAAGCUCCUUGAGGCUGACGAGCCCAGCCUGGAGCACGAGCUCCUCUUCACGCUGCUGGUUGAAGCAGCUACAGGGCCGUUUGCAAGGGGGGAAGAAAAGAGUAUGCCAAGCAUGCCAAGGACCAAUGAAAAGGAAAAACCCCCCUCUAUGAUGGAUGAAGACUUUAAUUGCUCCUCAGUCCACAGAAGGAAUGUCCUCAGCUCCUCCCUGCCGUCAGUCGCCACCCCAGGUCUGACAUCCCCUCCUUACGUGGCCACGCCGUUUGACCACGAUUACGCCAAACGCAAAACACUCCGAAGGCAGCAGUGGCAGCAGCAACGGCAUGAGGAGCAGCAGGCUGAUGCCUCAUCAGAGUUUGACCAUGAUUACUGCCUGCCCAGGUCUUCAAUAUGGCUGGCUUCCCUGAAUGAGCGCAGUCAGGACAGCGAGGUGGUGCUGCUGUCCGACUCCAACUCCACCCAGGACGCCUUCACCGAUCCGGCCAGCUCGCAGGACAGCAGCCACAAGCCGGUGUGUGUGAAGGCCAGUCCGUCGUCCUCAGAAAGCACCACGCCGGUGAAGGAUGGCCAGCCCGUGUCUGAGGACGCAGCUGCUCAAGCAGACCAGACUGGGAUUCAGGCAGAGGAGAAGAUAAUCCAGGAGGUGGUGGAAACGGUGGUGGUGAUCGCCUCUGAGGUUUUAGUCCCCAAGGUUUCUGCAGAGCCGGGGCCUCAGCCGCUGCCUGUCCCGACCACCCCUCCGAAGCCCGCCCCCCCUCAGCAGGCCGCUCCGCAGACCCCGGCCUCCGACGGCAAGAAGAAGCCCGAGCCCCCCGCCGAGGUGGAGGUGCCCAAAGCGCUGCCCGCGGAGCGCGCGGAUCAGAGGCGGAUGCUGCUGGACAUGUGCGUCCGCGCCCUCUUCCUCUGCCUCGGCCGCUUCCCGCAGCACUACAAGAGCCUCUACCGCCUGGCCUUCUUCUACAGCAACAGCAAGACGCAUCAGAACCUACAGUGGGCCAGAGAUGUGUUGCUAGGAAGCAGUGUCCCAUGGCAACAGCUGAAGCACAUGCCAGCACAAGGACUUUUCUGUGAAAGAAACAAGACGAAUCUGUUCAACGGCAUCUGGCGUAUUCCAGUAGAUGAGAUUGAUCGCCCGGGAAGUUUUGCCUCUCAUAUGAACCGAUCCAUUGUGCUCUUGCUGGAGGUGUUGUCUCAGCUUAAGGAUCACGACACUCUGCUGAAAGUCUCAUUCAUGCUGCAGAGAACCCCUGAUCAGGGAAAGAAGUAUUUACGGGAUGUUGAUCGUCAGGUUUUGGCCAAGAGAGCAUUUUUCCUAACUGUUAAAGUCUUGGAGGACAAUCUGAAUAGUCUGACUGGGGUGUCUGAGCAGCUUCCUAAAGCGCCUGCGCCCUCCAUGGGGGAAAUGACCACGACAGACACAUCCAGCAGGCCCAGCUCAGAGGACGGCAAGCAUGCUCUGCCCAAGAAGCCCGGCCUCACGGAGGGAGCGUGUGCCGCCGACACGGCGCCGAGGGACGCUCCUCAAGCCCAGCUCGCCUCGCCGCCGCCAUCAGUGGACAAAGGGAGCAAGGUUCAGGACGCUGUCGGGAGCGAGGGCCACAGAGCGGGGCCCGAGGAGCCCAUGGAGACGGACACUGGCCCCUGGAGGAGGCCCUCCAACGCCACAGAUUCUCAAGCCGGCCAAGCGGAGGCCGAGCCCUCCCCGAGCGUCAUGGAGCCGCAGCACAAAGCGGCCGAGAGCAGCCGGACACCAGAGCUGUCUCUGGAGGAGCUGAGUAUCAGUUCCCGACAGCAGCAGCUUCAGGCCUCGGCGCCCAAGGUCACCGCGGCAGCCGGCGGCGCGGAUCAGGCCUCACUACGAAAACCAAACAGGAAACGGAAACUUCUCGAGGACGUGGAGUCCGGAAAAACCCUGCUGCUCGAUGCCUACAGAGUGUGGCAGCAAGGCCAGAAGGUCAUGACCUAUGACCUGGGACGCAUUGAGAAGAUCAUGUCUGAGACUUACAUGCUCAUAAAGCAGGUUGACGAGGACGUUGCUCUGGACCAAGCUGUGAAGUUCUGCCAGAUCCAGUUGGCUACGUCUGCCCAAAGACAGUCUGCAGGCGAUGCCCCGACCACCCCGAAGUACGCCAAGGAGCACCGAGACCUCUUCUUCCCCGCCGCCCUGCCCACGCCGGUCCUGCUCGCUCACCCCGCCUGCCACCCGCUGUCCGGUCAGGACGGACAAGCCAAAGCGCCGUACGAGCCCCUGAGCAAGCUGCCCCGACCUCCGACCUCAGGCUUCCAGGACCAGCCGCAGCACCGGCGAGCGGCGGCGGCGCCGACGGCGGCCAUGGCCUUCCUGCCGCACACAGAGGAGCGGGAGGAGCCUUCAGAGGGGCUCCUGUACCGACAGCAGGAGUCGCACCUCUGCCAACAGAUGAAGCUGGCCACAGUCUCCCAGGGGCAGGAGACGGCGGCGUCCUGGUUCCAGGAGGAAACGGCCACAUGUAGCAGCACACAGCCUUGUCCAGACCAGCAGCAACACGCCAGCAGCGAGCAGUCCAAGCUUCCAGACCCCAGCCGGAUCCGUUCCCGAGUCCCGCCCAACAUGCCAAAGCUUUUCAUCCCUUCCACCGUCACCAAGUUCCCCCCGGAGAUCACGGUGACGCCGCCCACGCCGACCCUCCUCUCGCCCAAAGGCAGCAUCUCAGAGGAGACCAAGCAGAGACUUAAGCGCCCCCUGCUGUCUGCCCCCGCACAGAACGUCAUCCUGUCCUCCCAGUCCGCCGCCACGGUCAAGAAGGACACGCUGAGCCAGCCGGCGCUGGAGGUGCAGGAGACGUCCAGCCAGGAGUCGUCCCUGGAGAGCGAGGAGUCGGACGAGGAGGACGACUACAUGGACGUGUGAGGCGGCGGCGGCCCCCGAAAAACUCCACUACAGCCGUCUGUCUCCAUGCUACUGCUCCCUCACGUGCAUUAGAAGAAAACAAAGCACUCCCAGGCUGAUCAAACGCAGUAUUUUCAUUGGCUGUCCUGCUGCAUGCGGCGGACCGGUGUGGCUUCAGUCUCACAGCAUGUCGGUUUUGUGCCAUUCCUGCAUCUCACUCAUCAGCUCGCCGUGCCGCACCCCGGACGCGCCCGGCGGUCCCACCGUUAUGCAUCUUUUCUAUGUCGCGCGCGGCGCCGAUCCGAGGCGCCCGCCGUCCCCCUCCUCCUCCCGAAACCUUUCCCCCGGCACGAGACUCUCAUCUCCAGGCCGCUCCGAGUCGGUACGCCAUCCGUUCCAGCGCACACGGACAAUCGGCUGCAGCCGAGGCUCGUGGGUUCGACGAGCCUCAGAACCCGUAGCAGAUUGGAAAUGUUUACACUUAACGUUCGGGAUGUUUUUCAGUUUGCACUUAACUUUGUGCUAUUUUUGUACACGCUGUAUUUCUUGUAAUAUUCUGUCCUAUAUAUUUUUGUUUUUCUUCGGUGUGCAUUUGUAGCUAAAGAAGAACAGUUCUUACCAGGAAAGACGUUCUGUCACCAGCACUGAUCUGAAUGGGGAAAAAAAAAAAAGACUUUUCAGUUAUUAGGAAUUAGUUUUUGUACAUAUCACAAUCCAAAUAUAUAUUUGUGAUGGUUUGAGGAUUGACUUGCAUGUGUGGCGGGGAGAGCAUUCAGAGGAUGGUCACUUUAAUGCGUGCUGAAGAAGAGUCCUAUACAGAUGCCUUUUUCAUUUAAAUUAUGGAAGAAUUGUCACAAAUUUAGCUCAACUCAGAGGAAGACAACCGAAUGUUUUUUACAGAUUGUUUUCUAUAAAUAGAAAGAUUGUGUCUUGAAAGCUGUCUAAAACUGAUUUUUAAAAAAAAGGGCACACGAGUAAUUGUAAAAUAUCACCCUUGAUAA